GGAGCUGGUCCUGGGGUCAGUCCUGGAUCCCGUCCUGGAGCUGGACCUGGAGCUGGUCCUGGGGUCAGUCCUGGAUCCCGUCCAGGAGCUGGUCCUGGGGUCAGUCCUGGAUCCCGUCCAGGAGCUAGUCCUGGUGUCAGUCCUGGAGCUGGUCCUGGGGUCAGUCCUGGAUCCCGUCCAGGAGCUAGUCCUGGUGUCAGUCCUGGAGCUGGUCCUGGGGUCAGUCCUGGAUCCCAUCCAGGAGCUAGUCCUGGUGUCAGUCCUGGAGCUGGUCAGCCAAACAGUCUGGUUCAAGUUGUCAUGGCAUCAACACCAACAGAAUCAAGUGAUACUGGGUUCCGGCUGGAGGAUGCUUUUUAUCCAGCUUUAAAGACCAGUGAUCCACCCAGUGGAGGAGACUGUCAGGCUACUGUGAUCCAAAGACUGGGCAGGGUGAUAGAGAAACAGGACCAGCAGCUGCAUCUGCUGCUGCAGCUGGUUGCUAAGACAAUGUCCUAACAGGCUGACAGGAUGGGUCCCUGAGGGUCUCUGGGACCUCCAGGCAAGAAGACCAGAGAGGAGAAGAUGAUGCCACUCUGAAUAUUCAAAUCAAUAACUCAAUUUUAUUUAUAUAGCGCCAAAUCACGACAAGAGUCAUCUCAAGGCACUUCAUAUAAUAAACAUUCCAAUCCAAGCCAGUUCAUUAAGCCAAUCAGAAAAAAAUGUUUCCUAUAUAAGGAACCCAGCAAAUUGCAUAUGUCUAAUAUAUUCCCAUAUGAACUUUAUAAAUGACUCAUUUGAUCAUGACUGUGAUAAAUCUGAAGUCAGAGCUCAAAGAUAAAGAUCUGUUCAUAAAUACUAAUGAGUCAGUAAAAUGAUGACAGGGACUGUUCACAUCCUCUAAAGUGGUCUAAAAACCACCUAUCUUAUCUGGAUGCAGCAAUCAUCAACAGUUAUCUAUUAUCUAUUAUCAGGGGAUAAUUAGCUGGUCAAUGUGAUUCCAGAGGUACUAUUUGACUUCUCACCAAAGUCUAAGGAGAUUGUGAAUGACUUUAUUCAGUUAGAGGAAUCAAUUGGUCCUUUGUAAUCUGACAAGGUUUUAGAUGGGUUUCUUUGUUAAUAAAACAUGUCACUUGUCGAAACAAA